CACCGAGGCGUUAACAUUAAAUCCUGACCGUGUUCUUUAGUUAUAAUUUUUUACUUAAAAAAAUAAAUAUCAAUAUAUUAUACUUAACAAACUACUCAUCAAUGAUAUCAAAACUAAUCAGUGAUAGUGUUGUAUAAUUAUUUUAAAAAAAUAUUAUUAGAAAAAACAUUAAAAUGAAGUCGAAUUUGUUUACAAUAGGGCCGAGCUUAGUGGUGCGGGUGAAAAUUUGAAUAGCAAAAGUUUUGUGUCAAAGUGGGCGGUCCAGGAUUUUGUUAUCACUCUCCACCCUUUUCUUUCCCUUCCUCUCCUCUUCUCUUUUCAUCUCUUUACUCAACUCUUCUCCACUCACACUUGUCUUAAACUCUACUCCAUAUCAGACCAACUUUACUUCAAAGCUUCUCACCCCGUCUGUCUAUUACUGCCGUUACUACUGAAACCGCAACUGCCCAUAUAUUUUUUUUAUAUCGUAACAGUAGAAUAGUCAGUUAUCGGGCGUCCUCGGCGUUUAGUUUCGCCCCAGUGGACAUGUUUAGUGAUAACAGUACGAUUUUACAGCUUAACCAGGAAUAUUUAAGUGAAUUAUUUACAGUAAAGACAACAAUGAGGUACAUUUGUACAUAGAGGAUUUACAAAAAGGAUAAAAUAUUUAUUUAAAUUUUUACUUUUAAAAUUUUAGGUAAAACGGUGGUAAAUUAAAUGGAAGUAAGAUUGACGAGGAUAAGUGCGAUGCCACGACGUGAACACUGUUCAUUGGCGUCAAUAGGCGUUUUGUUGUUACUCUUGAUAAUAUUAUUGGGCAGAGUUUGUUAUGUUAUUGGUGACAAGUGUGCUGAUGAGUGUACGUGCAAGUGGAAAGGUGGUAAACGUACUGUCGAGUGUGUAAAACGAUUAUUAACGAGUAUUCCAGAUGAAAUAGAUCCUGAAACUCAGGUAUUGGAUGCUAGUGAUAAUGAUAUUAAAUUAUUGCCGAGUAAUAUAUUUAUACGGGUUAGUUUAACAAAUUUACAACGUGUCUACUUACGAAAUUGUCGGAUGGAAAAGAUAGAUAACGAUGCACUGAAUGGUCUGACGAAUUUAAUUGAAUUGGACCUGAGUAACAAUCGUCUGACAUCGGUACCAAGUUUGAGUUUAGCCAAGGCUCCAUUUUUACGGGAUCUGUCGUUGGCUAAUAAUCCGCUGAUUCGCAUACAGUCGAAUGUAUUUCGUACGACGUCUAAUUUAAUAAAACUCGAUUUAUCAAACGCUCAAAUAAGUGAAAUAGAGUCGAAUGGCUUACGUGGUCUUGAGUCAUUGGAGACACUUAAAUUAAAUGGUAAUCGUUUAUUAACAUUAAAUCCGGGUACUUUUGAGCCAUUAAAUAAAUUAACAAGUAUUGAAUUACAUGAUAAUCCGUGGAUAUGUAAUUGUCAUUUACGUGAAAUGAAACAGUGGUUGGUAAAACAUAAUUUACCGACACUGAUAUCACCAAUAUGCCAUGGCCCAGAGCAAUUAAUAAAUAAACCAUUUAUUGAUUUAACAAUUGAUGAUUUUGCAUGUCGUCCAGUACUUAUGAUAACUUCACGUUAUGCUGAGGCAACAAUUGGUGAAAAUGCGAGUAUUGUUUGUCGUGUAUCCGCAGUACCACCGGCUAAAAUAAAAUGGUACUGGAACAGUAAAUUAUUGACAAAUCAAACGUCAUUUAGUAGCUAUCAAAAAAUUUAUAUUUAUGAGGAAGGACAGUUCAGUAAACGGAGUACAUUGAUACUGACCAACGCCCAGGAAACAGACUCCAGUGAUUUUUUUUGUGUUGCUGAGAACCGUGCCGGAAGUGUCGAGGCUAAUUUUACGCUCCAUGUUUCUGUAAGAACUGCUGGUAUGUCGACACUGGGAAGUGGUCAAAUCGCUGGUAUUUCCGCAGCCCUUGUUGUCUUGAUAUUGAUAAUAUUGCUGAUAAUACUCGUGCUCUUUGUACGUUUGCGUCGGAUGCCAGUGAAGGAUGUUAAAACAAACGCAGCAAAUGCUAUGGAAAUACUGCCAUCGGACACGAGUAAUCAUGAUACAAAUAAUUCAACAAUGGGCAACACACUCAGUCGUAAAGUUGAUCAGCAGGAAAAUGAAACGACUUUUAAUGAUGGUAUUAUCAUAUCAUCAUCAACAAAACCACCAGGAUCACUGAGUCUUAGUUAUGUACAAAGAGUCCCACUGGAUUCGUCUCGGGAAUAUAUUAUUGACGAGCAUCCAGUGAUACAUGGCGCGAGGUUUUCAUCAACGGCGUCUCUUGUUCCCAUUGAAAACCCCGAUUUGAUACGUGACACACGAACAUCCAUUGAAGAGCUGGGUAAUUAUACAUCGGAUACGCUGAUGAGCGGCCUUAUGGUCGACGAUACGCGAUUACUUUAUUCAAGUUUGUGGGACACGCGUGAGCGAACUAAUGCCACGGGAACAAGUAAUACCAAUAAUAGCAAUAGUACAUAUGCUGGUAAAGACAUAGUUCAGUCUACCGUGUCUUCAAUGUCCUCAAUCGAACACCAACAGCUGCAUCACCAGCAGCAACAGCAACAAUUUCCACCUGGCGCUAAACAAUUAAGGGUAUGGCAAAAAGGUGUACCUGUAUUACCACCUGUUUCCGCUUUGAAACGAGUACUUGGGUCAACACGCAGCUCUCCAGAUGAGGGAUACCAAGAGGGUACUGGUACUGAUGUCUAGGUACCGCUACUUCAUUACUGCGAUCCACGGCACAGGUAUCUUGAACUUAUGAGAAGACAUCAAGAUGAAA